AUGAAGUCCCGAAAGGACCAGAGCAGCUUUCUACCUUCAGAAAUCUUCAUCUACAUCAUGAGCUUUCUUGAUCCACCAAGCGUGAUACGGUGUGCACGCGUCAGCCGCUCAUGGAACCGCAUGUGCAUCGAUGAGGCUCUCUGGCACCAAAUGACUAUUCGAUUGGAUUACCACCAGCCGAAGCGUGUAGCCGAAGAGGCAUCGAGUGGCAUAAGAGCCAUCGCCAGUGUGUUGCAAAACUAUGAUGCUUCCGCCGAGCAAGCUGCGUCUCAAAACUUGCUGCAAGCCACGAUACAGCGCUACCGGUCGAGAAACACGACAGAGUACUUUGACGAUUGCGGCACGUGGCGUUCACUCUGCUGUCGGCUGUGGCGUCUCGACUGCGCGUGGUCAGCUAAGGAUCCUUCGGGUCUUGCUCCAUGGUCAACAAAGCUGCUCGGCCCCGACUCGCCCCAGAGUGCAACCGCCGAAACAGCGUCGGACGUCACAGAGACUUUGCCGUAUCUUUUGCCACACUUCCGUGUGCUUGAAGACGAUCGAGUCGCUUCGGGCGUUUGGAGGUGCAAGAUUGAUCCAGAGGAGCGCACAUACAUCGUCUCACAUCAGAAAGGCGGAAUCCGUGUGUUUGACCAUUCCAGCAGUACACUCCUCUGGCAUACUGCAAGCACUGAAACGGGAACGUAUCGACAUCUGGAAUUCUCACGUGGCUGGUUGAUCUUUGACGGCCAAGAGAAUAGCUUUGAAGUGUGGCGCCGCGAAAGUCUGGUGCCAGACCUCGGACGCACUCCCAACCGUGGUCACUAUCAGCGAUUUGCCUUUCUCAACUCAGAGCGUUUAUUUAAAGCGUUCCGCUUCCAGUUUCCCUAUCUGUGCGCUGCCAGCCGAGAUGGCUUCGUCCUCAUCUGGAACGUGCCACUGCAAGAAGUGGUCGAGACGAUCGAUGUUCGGAGUUCAGCACAUGACGCAGGCAAUGUCGUUUACGUAGACUUUGAUAAUCGGUUCGUCUUUCUCAGUGGUUCAGGAGCCAAGUCGGUCUCAGUGUUUUCGCGCCGCACCAAGAGGCUUGUAUGGAGUCUGGGACAGCACUUUGCAUCUGGCAAGCAGCCGCCCACGACAUGGAGUCUGGUCAAGACUGACACAACCGCUUAUCCUCACACUGCCUUUGUAGAACAGCAGCUGGUACGAGCUUCUCCCAACUUGUGGCAGAAUGGCCCAAACAACAUUGACUUCGCUCAGCUCGUCAUGUCGCCGUAUCAGCAAUGGGUAGCAAUUCAUCCGGAUCUCAAGACAAAAACACUUCUCAUCCUCGGUCAGGGGACAAUAUUGCUCCUCAGAGAUUACCAAAGGUUUUUUGACGAUCAGAGCAAGCCUCCGGAAUCGUUUGUCGAGAUCGAGUUUUACAACUUGCAGGAUUACUUUAGGCGAAAUCGCCCCAGAAGCAUCGAGGGGGACUAUCUGCAUGUGGGAUGGAAUCAUGCUAGCGUGUGGGAUACGCUGGGCUUGCCAAUGCUGGCGGUACACGAGGGAAGAGCUGUUGUUGUCGAUCGUCGCGCUUGGAUUCUCAGUCUGGAUGCAGCAGAAUCUUCGUCGACCCAAUCCAACAAAGCUUUAUCGCAAGCAGAAAUGCCUCGAGAAGCAGACAACCUUGCGGAAGCAAGACCAGAUGCGCGAAGCCGAGAGGAACAGGCUCCUCCUAUCUCUGUCUACUGCAGGGAAGAUCGUCGCGUGUCAGCUUCGCAUUGGGAAGAAUCGUACGCACAGUGUAGCAGUGUUCAGAUGGAUGAAGUCGGGGUUUACAUGACGGCAGACAGAUAUCGGCCCGGUGCGUACGCUCGUGGCGGCAGCUGGGACGCCACGGAUCGUGGCAGAAGGGUGCUUGUGCAGCUGGAUUUUUCGAAACCACCACAACCCAGUGAGCGAUCCAUCUACUCGAAUGAGUGA